ACAACACAUUGUCAUAACACCAGAGAGACAUGGUCAGAGAACCAACAGAAGUUGUUUGCCCGGAGGAAGCUCAUUAUUACCUCAGUGAUCUGCUUAAUUUUCAUGAUUGGAGAAGUCAUUGGUGGAUAUGCGGCUCACAGUCUUGCCAUAAUGACCGAUGCAGCGCAUCUUCUCACUGACUUUGGUAGUGUUCUGCUCAGUCUCUUCUCCUUGUGGAUUUCCUCCAGACCUGCCACUAAAAGGCUAAACUUUGGGUGGCAUCGCUCAGAGAUUCUGGGGGCUUUUCUGUCCGUGCUGUCAAUUUGGGCUGUGACUGCAGUGCUAGUAUUCAUAGCCAUUCAGCGGAUCAUCAACGACGACUAUGAAAUCCACCGUGAAGCCAUGCUCAUUACCUCUGGCUGUGCAGUGGUGGUUAACAUCUUGAUGGCGUUCGUCCUUCACUACUCCCCAUCAUCUCAUAGCCACGCUGUCAGUGAUGGGCCUGACUAUCUCCCCAUCCAUCACAGCAGCAUGAGUGGACAUGGCCACUCCCAUGGCAUGGGGGGUAGUCAUGGCAACACCAGUGUGAGGGCAGCAUUCAUUCAUGUGGUGGGAGAUUUCCUCCAGAGUCUCGGGGUGCUUCUGGCUGCCACCAUUAUCUACUUUUGGCCUGAGUGGAAAAUAGCAGAUCCCAUCUGUACUUUUUUGUUUUCCUUUUUUGUGCUUGGAACCACUUUUACAAUUCUUAAAGAUGUCCUCAGAGUACUCAUGGAGGGAACACCUCAGGGGAUUGACUUUGACUCAGUGAAAGAAGUUCUGUUGUCUGUGAGAGGAGUUAAGGCCACACAUAGUCUUCACAUCUGGGCACUGACCUUGAGCCAGACCAUGUUGUCUGUUCACUUAGCUACUGAAGAGCGGACUAACCCUCAGAUUGUCCUGAUGGAAGUGACCAAAUUGCUGCAGACUGAAUUUGACCUCCACAGCAUCACCAUUCAAAUUGAGAUGUACUCAGAUGACAUGGCUAGCUGUGCAGAGUGCCAGGAUCCGAUGGACUGA